AUGUCAAGCCAGGCCAGUUGGAACUCCGUGACAGGGAUUGCGACCCUUCUCUUUGAUGGAAAUUUAGUUGCUAUUGCUAUCGCGAUAUUGUUCACUUUUGGUGUACCCAUUCUUUUACAUGUCCUCUUUUUCCAAGCUGCAGCGUCGCCGCCCUCGAGCAACUUCCUGUUAUUGGGCCCCAGCGGGUCAGGAAAAACCGCUUUCACAACCUUGCUCGAGGCGAAGUCCUCCCCGGCGUCAAAGCAGUCACUUUCUACUCACACCUCUCAGACCUCGACCUUCGUGUCGGUGAGUUUGCCACCAACUGUUCCUACCGCGUCCAACCGCUACCGAUCCGUCAAUGAUCCCUCAUUGAAAGAGGCUACGCGAAACCCCAUUCGAUUCCAGGUAAAGGAUACUCCCGGCCAUGGCAAGCUCCGUGCUUCGCAAGGCAUUGCGGCGCUUCAGUCCAUGGUUGGUUCCAAGGAUGUGAAGAAUAAGAUUCGCGGGGUGCUCUUCAUGGUGGACACUGCAGCCCUAGUCGACGAAGCAAUUUUGCGGGAUGCGGCGACCUAUCUGCAUGACGUUCUUCUGGUUCUUCAGAAGCGGGAGCUGAAUAAGUCUUCCACCAAGCGAUCCAUGGAGAUCCCCGUCUUGGUGGCUGCCAAUAAGCAGGAUCUGUUCACGGCUCUACCCCCGGGUUCCGUGCGGGAGAAGUUGGAGGCCGAGAUUGAUCUGAUUCGAAAGUCCAAGACCAAGGGUCUAAUGGAUGCGAGUGCAGACACUGCUCUGGAUACAGAAGAGGAAGUUCUUGGCAAUGAUGAUGCGCAGGGUGUCUUUAGCUUCAAGAUGCUUGAGGAUGAAACUAGAGUCAAGGUAGAUGUGGUCGGUGGUGCGGUUAAAGGUGAUUCGGAGGAAGAAUUCGGAUCUGGUGUUCGUCGCUGGGAAGAAUGGAUUGGUAUGUGUCUGUAG